UGACAGUUUUGGGUGUUUUUCAAUCUAUAAAGGACGUUUCUCGAUCGAACGCGAUCCCAGGUGUCACAGCAUCACGUGAACCACACGCUAGGGCUGUUGAUACUUUCCACAUCUAACCAUCCGGGGUCCGGGGAAAUCAUCAACAACUUGUACCAGUCCACAUUCGCCACAGAUACGUCUCACAGCGGUUAAGAUGGCGUCUCAACUACUUCCUCUCGAGCUGAUCGACAAAUGUGUCGGAAGUGUGAUUCACGUGGUGAUGAAGGGCGAGAAGGAGUUCAGCGGCAUGUUGUUAGGGUUUGACGACUAUGUCAAAAAAAAAUCAUCCGACUACCCCGCUAACAAACGGCUCGUUAGCGACAUGGCAAGCGGCGAACAGACGAAGAUGUCGAAGAUUCUGCUGAAUGGCAAUAACGUUUGCAUGGUCGGUCGUCUUUGGAGAUCCCCACGUAGUUGGCUAACGACACUAACGAAAUGUUCUUUCUCACAGCUCAUUCCAGGAGGCGGGCCAGGCCCCGAGGAACCGAGUGCGUCGAACUAAUCAAAAGGGCAAGCACUCGGAAGGACUGGCGAUAAUCGAAUUCGUGACUUGAGUUCUGGACCUU